UCUUUACUUCCGGGUACCUGUCAGAUAUCACGAAACAUCGCAACAUAGUAAACACGUGAAAUGUUUACUUGCACUCUAAAUACCGCGGUCAAAUAAAUUUAAUUAAGAUGAUUGUGACCGGAAAUCAGUUCAAAUAUCUGGAUUUAUAAAAUUACGGAAUUUAUAGAAAACACGACAUAAGGUUGUCAACAUUCAAAGAGAAUACACAAGCAUGCCUGGAGAUAGUGUGAAGGUUGCUGUUCGUGUUAGACCAUUUAAUCAGAGAGAGAAAAAUGCAGGGUCAAAGUGCAUCAUAUCUAUGUCUGGUCAAACAACGACCAUCAAAAACCCAGAGAAUAACGAGACAAAAGCGUUCUCUUUUGACCAUUCCUACUGGUCACAUACAGAUUUUGACGAAAAUGAACUUGGACUUAACAUUGCAAAAGCAGGAUCCAACUACAGUGAUCAGAGACAAGUAUAUAAUGACCUUGGUAAAGGUGUGUUAGACAAUGCCUGGCAAGGUUAUAAUGCUGCCUUGUUUGCCUAUGGACAGACAGGAUCAGGCAAGAGUUACUCUAUGAUAGGAUAUGGAUCAAAUAAAGGCAUUGUACCAAUCUUAUGUGAGGAGCUGUUCAAAGCUGUGGAACAAAAUGACGAUAAAAGUAAACAGUUACAGGUAUCUUUUAGUAUGCUUGAAAUCUACAAUGAACAAGUCAGAGAUCUACUGGUCAAAGCUAAACCACAACAGGGUGGAUUGAAAAUCAGACAAAAUCCACAGAGUGGAUUCUAUGUUGAAGGUUUAAGGCUUGUACCUGUUCGUAAUUACAAGGAAAUAGAAAAUUUAAUGGAACAGGGAACAGUUAACAGGACAACAGCAUCAACAAACAUGAACGCUACCAGUAGUCGAUCACAUAUGGUCAUCACCAUUAGAUUUGCACAGGUGUUCCAAACAGAUGGAGGAAGUAACACCAGGAGUAGUGAUAUUAAUUUGGUGGAUUUGGCAGGAAGUGAGAGAGCAGACUCAACAGGAGCAACUGGGGACCGUCUCAAAGAGGGUUCUGCUAUAAACCAGAGUUUGUCAACAUUAGGAAAUGUUAUUAGUGCUUUAGCUGAUCUUGCCAUGGGAAAGAAGAAAACACUGGUUCCCUACAGAGAUUCAGUACUGACAAAGCUAUUACAAUCAGCAUUAGGAGGGAACAGUAGAACUAUCAUGAUUGCUGCCCUAAGUCCUGCAGAUAUAAAUUACGAUGAGACCUUAUCCACACUCAGAUAUGCCGAUCGUGCAAAGAAAAUCCAAAAUAAAGCAGUUAUAAAUGAAAGUCCAACCGAUCGUAUGAUCAGAGAGCUGAAGGAAGAGAACGCCAAACUUAUGGCCUUGAUAAAAAAGAGUGGUCUUGGUGGAGGUCAUGGUAUGAGCAAAGAGGCAACGGAAGAGGAGAAUUCCAGUGAGGAACAGUCUCGUCAAGAGUUAGAAAAGAUGUUGAAAGAAAAUGAACGGAAAAUGCAAGACAUGCAGCUAACAUGGGAACAAAGAUUAGAACAGGCUCGAAAAGACUGGGAAAGAUCAAAAGUGUCUUCUCCUUCAAGUGGGGACCAGAAGAAAGAUUGGGAGACUGUGCCUUACUUAACAAACAUCAAUGAAGAUCCUAUGUUAUCUAAUGUCAUUAAACAUUGCUGUUAUAAAGGAACAACAUUAUUGGGCAAGACAGGAAACCCAAAAGUCAAAAUUGAGGUCAGAGGACUGGGAAUACAACCAUCACAUGCUGAACUUAUAAACAUAAAUGAUAAAGAGAUGUUCUUAGAACCUGGUUCCAAAACAGCAAAGAUAUUUAUUAAUGGUCAUAAAAUCAAGUCCAAAACCAAACUGCAACAUUUGGACAGAUUAAAGUUUGGUUCGAGUUGUUUAUAUCAGUUUAUUGGUUUUCCAAAAGACCGAAAAGCCAGUGAUCCAAUGGAUCGAUAUAAUUUUGAUUAUUUCAUGAUGGAGUUAGCAGAACAUGAGGGUGUUGCCAUGGAUAUCCAGACCCCUCGUGUCCAUGAAUCUACAGAAAACAUACGGUCAGUGAUGGUUUUCCAGGAGUUUAUGGAUUUGAUGCCACUGGUAUCUGAAGCUAAUGCAAUCAGUGAAGAACUCAAAAAGAAUGUUAUAUUGGAUGCUGAGGUUAAAAGUGAAGCUAGUCAUGAUCCAAAAGGUCAAGCAACAGGGAAAGAUGUCAUUAUAAAAGUCACAAAUAAAAAGACAAACAAGGUAUGGAUUUGGUCAAAAAGUAAAUUUUUACAUCGGAAGGAUUUAAUGGAUGAAAUGUAUGUUCGAUGGAUGGAUGGAGAAAAUGUGAUUGUUAAAAGAGACAAAGAUCCAUUCUGGGAUCCUGUGGAAGAUAUAUUCCUAGGAAGUGCUCAUAUACUGCUUCAAAGUUUGUCCUAUUGUGUAGAGAUAGAUGAACAUUUUACAUUACAUAAUUAUCAUGGAAAAGAGGAAGCAGUAACCCAGGUGAAACUGUUACCCUGUGAUGGUAAGGGAGAGCUAUAUAGUGAAGAUGAGAUUAUAGAACCACAUGAAAUGAUAGGAAAACCAUUCAAUAUGAUAUUUAUGUUACCACAAUGUAUGGGUAUUCGAUGGACCAUGGAGAACCAGUCUAGAGGCAUUUACUGCAGGACAAAGUUUUACAAUCAGGAAAAUGUUAUCAGUACAAAGAAAGUAUGGGGUAAAAGUUACGCAGAUCUCAAAAUGAGACAGCAAGUUACAAUAAAAAAAGUUACGGAAGAUUUUCUGAGGUAUCUCCAGUCAGAUAAUAUGGUAUUAGAACUGUGGGGAACUCAAGUAGACGAAGAUAAACAACUAGCCACAAUGAUCAAUGGCCACAGUAAUGGUACAUCAGACGAUGGUAACGAUAUGUUGACACAGUUACAAAGAAGGGAGGAAGAAAUCGAAGGCCUACAUGAAAUCUGUGAUACGCUGAAGAAAGAAAAUUUUGGUUUACUAAAAAAAUUGGAAACACAGAAACAAGCUACAGCAAUUGCCAAUUCCAGAAGAAGUAGUACUGCUGGGACACGGAAAGAAGAAAAACCAGGAUUAGAUGUGGAUCUUGCCAAAUCAUUGAAAAAUUUCUUUAAAGAUAUAAAAUUUGUUCAACACAAUAUACAGCAAAUGAAACAAAAUGUUGAUGAAGUACAACAAAGCAAAGAACAGAAUGGUAAUCUGCUGACAGCAUUAGAACUUCAACAAAAACAGUUACAUGAUGUUGACCUCAAACUCAAUGAAAGUGUCAGAUCCUUAAAAGAAAGUGUUGCAACUGUUAUUAAAAAAUCCAAAUCGUGAUAUAUAAAUAUGGCGCAUUCUCAGGUGUCAUGGUCUUUCAAAGUGAUUGCAGGUAAAUCUAAGAUGGAAGACACUGGUAAACAGCAUUUGUGAUAUAUUUUCGCUCAUUAAGCAAUCAGCAAGUUGUGUAGACAUGUGAUAGCUAUUGUUGUGUAUACGUGUGGUAGCUAUCAGACAAUCAUCACACUAGUUUCCACAAAGGUGUGCUGUAGCUGACAAUGACCAGUAUUACAUGUAUAAUAUACACAUAAUUUGCCACCAGUAGUUUCGAAUUAGGGACUUUUGUAUUGUAUUAUAAGAUGGACUAUGGGGCUUUAUGCAAUAAAUCGAUGAUCAUAAAAUAUUUGCAAUAUUCACAUUAUCAUUCAUUCAUCUACAAUCAAUCUUUCUUUGAAGUUAUAAUCAAUUUUUGUGGAUAUUGGAAUCUUUUCACAUUUUUUGUACAAUCAAGUUUGAAUGAAAUUGAAGAUCCUACAUCCAAGUUUUAGUCUUAAAAUAUUCUGACCAUAAACAUAAAUAAGUAAUAGUUUUCUCUUUUGAAUAUUGCUUUGGGACUUUCAUAGCUUACUAUGCAGUAUGGGUUUUUCUCAUUGUUGAAGGCUGUUCAGUGACCUAUAAUUGAUUUUUUUUCUUAAAUAGUUUUAUGUAAUCUAAUAGAUGUACAUACCAUUAAAAUGGAAAGAAAUAAUUAAAUAUUCACUGAUCAGGACGCUGAAAAUGGCAAUUCAAACAAACAUAUGAUGUGGUUGGAUACUUUUAUUACUGAAAGUGCUACAAGAUAUGAUUAUAUAACAUUGUGAAAGCAGAUUGUAAAUUCAGAAAUUGUGAUGUUUUUAUUUAUGUGAAAAAUGCUACACUAGCCAGAGGCGGAUUUGGGGGGGGGGAGUGGGGGCAGGGAGCCCGCCCCCCCCCCCUUUUUGGAAAAAAAUUGGUUGCUUAUAUAGGGAAUCACUGAAGUAUGACUGGAGUGGGCCCCUUCUUAGGUCAGUCAGUGGGCCCCCACUUAUGAAAAAUUCUAGAUCCGCCACUGCUAUCAGGUUCACAAUUAUAAAAAUUUGCACUUGUAAUUUCAGUUGUGAUUUUCCUUCUACCAGAAAAUUUCUGAAUUUGCAGAAUUAAUUGCUGCACCAUUCUAUUACUGCAAGUAAAAUUCAUAUCAGUUUAGUGUAGUCUAGCUACAUUUUCAAAUCUGUCCUAAUUUUCAACCUCAACACUUUUUUUUUUAAAUAUAAGUCAUUUCAUCAUUUACUAAAUAAUUUGAUAUACAUGUAUAUUUCAUAUUGACCAUUUCAUUGUAGAUGUAUUUUCUUUCUGUCCAUUUUAUUAAACGUGUAUUUUUCAUUCCUUUCUAUUCUAUUUUACUUGUGUUUUUCAUUCCGUCCAUUUUAUUAUACAUAUGUAUUUUUUUCGUUCCGUCCAUUUCAGGCAUUUUUAUUUUGUGGUGAGGGACACUAUAUGUUUGUGUAUUGAUUUAUGAAUUAUCAUACAGUAAAACCUGACUAAACCGAACCCUUUCAGGACAUGAGAUGUUGUUCGGUUUUAGCAGGUAUUCGGUUUCAUCAGGUUCACAAUGCAUAAAAUGUGAUAUGAUUGGUCUUCAGAACAAGUUUGGUUUAGACAGGUUUCCGGUUUAUUCAGGGUUCGGUUUAAUCAGGUUUCACUGUACAUAGUUUGUGAAUAUGUUUACAUAAUUUAUAUAUUUCACUAAUGUGCAAUUGUUUCAUAUUUGAUUAUGCAUUGAGUUUCAUUUCACAGAAUUGUUUAUGUAUUGUUAAAAAUUUAAAGUUUAUUGGACAAAGAAACAUUAAAGGAUUAAAAAAGUUAAA